UCGCCUUUUUCCGCCGCCGGCUGAGAGCUUUCCCCGCGCCGCCACCGCCGGAGCAGCCGCGGCCCUGAGGGGCUCUGGCAGGGGCGGCGCGGGGCUCCUCCCUCGGGAAGGAGCCCGUGGGGCGGGGAGCAUCCCCCGGCGCCCUCACGCUGGGUGGUACAGCAACGGGAAUGACGGUGAACACACCGCUGUGCUUUAAAGGAAAGAAGAUCCUGGCUCCUAUGGUGCGAGUGGGGACACUGCCAAUGCGUCUGCUUGCUCUGGACUAUGGUGCCGAUAUUGUGUACUGUGAGGAGCUGAUUGACAUAAAGAUGCUACAGUGUAAGAGGGUUAUAAAUGAAGUACUUGAAACAGUGGACUUUGUUGCACCUAAUGACAGAGUUGUUUUCAGAACUUGUGAAAGGGAGAGAGAGCGUGUUGUCUUCCAAAUGGGUUCAGCAGAUGCUGAAAGAGCCCUGGCAGUAGCUAAACUUGUAGAGAGUGAUGUGGCUGGUAUUGAUAUCAACAUGGGGUGCCCAAAAGAAUAUUCUACUAAGGUGGAGGAUACUGUGAAUCUGGUGAAGAGAAUAGAGAAAACUGGCAUUGCUGCCAUUGCAGUCCAUGGAAGGAAGAAGGAGGAGAGGCCUCAGCACCCUGUCCAUUGUGAUGUGAUCAAGGCCAUAUCUGAAGCUGUCUCCAUUCCAGUAAUAGCAAAUGGAGGAUCUCAUGACUUCAUUAAGGAAUAUGCAGACAUUGAGACCUUCCAGAAAGCAACAGCUGCCUCAUCAGUCAUGAUUGCUCGUGCUGCCAUGUGGAACCCCUCUGUCUUCAGAAAAGAGGGGUUUUGCCCCUUGAAGGAUGUCAUGCAAGAUUACAUCAAAUAUGCAGUGAGGUAUGACAAUCAUUACACCAACACUAAAUACUGCUUGUGUCAGAUGUUAAGAGAACAGUUGGAAACUACUCAGGGUAAGAAGCUGCACGCUGCACAGUCCACGCAGGAGAUCUGUGAAGCCUUUGAAAUGGGUGACUUCUAUGAAGAAACCACAGCUAUUUUUGAAGCAAAGAAAGCAUCUUUAGAAAUCAAGGUGCAAGAUGAAGAUGACCAAAUGGAAGAUCCAGAUGUAAUAAAAAUGGCUGUUAGAUUUGACAAGCGAGAAUAUCCACCACAGAUCACUCCAAAAAUGUAUCUUCUGGAAUGGUGUAGGAAAGAAAAGCAUCCUCAGCCUGUUUAUGAAACUGUUCAAAGACCAUUGGAUAGAUUAUUCUGUUCAGUAGUGACAGUAGCUGAGCAAAAAUACCGAUCAACGCUGUGGGACAAGUCCAAGAAACUGGCAGAACAGGCUGCAGCUAUUGUCUGUCUGAGAACAUUGGGUGUUGCAGAGGGAAAGCUCUGUGAGGGAGAAAAUCACCUGAUUAACAAACGCAAGAGGGGGGACCAGGAGCCCUUGAUUAGCAGAGACCAUGGAGAGGACCUUGCUGAGCCUUCCCAUAAAAAAGCUAAUUUUGUUGAAGAAACUUCUGACAUGAAUGUGCCGAAGAUGCCCCGAUAGCACGGAAUUAAUGGAAAUUAGAGGUUUCAUGCCUAUGCAGCUACAAAUGAGCUCCUGUUUGUAUAUCUUGCUAUUCACAUUUCAUUUGGAUUCUCUGAGAGACAGAUAAAUUUCCCAGUUGUGAAAAAUGCCACUGAGAUGUUUACUGUUCACCACUCACUGUCCCUAUGGUGCCUUUCAGAUGAUAAUUAGGAACUUGAUUUUAAACAACAUGGAGAAGGUAAUCCCAAUAAUAAACUUUUUUAAAAUA